CCGAAUAAGCGGAUAACUGUUAAAAAUCUACCUAUUAUAGCAACGGUUUUUAUCCGUUUACUUGUAAAAUCAAUAAACCGGCUAUGCAGAAAACUGCAUUUACAUGGGAUUUGAUAGGUUUCUCGAAGGCAUUGACGUCACCGCAUCUGGCAACCUACGUCUAGUCAUUCAAAAAGCCGGCGGGAAGUCUUACAAUAAAAAGCACCCGUAGUGCUUAUUUAUCACUCCUUUGUACGUCAAAGAGCGGUCAGUUUUCUCACUGUCACUAGGUAUUACGUGUUCCUUAUCUCGUCUUGUUUGUUUGUUUGUUGUGAGUUUCUGAUAUUGUCAAUGUGAAUUGAUUUCUUCUGUCUUCUUCAAGAAAUUGUGCCAUCAUUUUACACAUUUCAUUGUGUGUUUGUUCAUAGAUUAUUUUCAAGUGCCUGUGUUUUCUAAAACUGCUAUUUUUCUAACACUCAUCCGAUGAAAGCUUUUCAUUGCUAUACCUUAAACCUGUGUUUUGUAGUUCGAGUCCAUUAUGUAAUGUUGUUCAGUGGUUUUAGUAACUUGAGGGCCAGUCAUACAGGUAUUCGAUCUCAGUUUCACCAUUUGAGCUACUCUUAUGUUCACUAAUUAGUUAAAUUAGUUGGUGUAGUACUACAAAUAACUACUUGAAGGAAACAGGACCCUGGCCCCAACAUUCAUUCAUAUUACUCUGAUUCAGUAAACAAGUGCUGCAGAAAUCCAAGCUGAAGUAACAUUUCUUUCACUUAAGUUUGACCUCUACACUUAAAAUUGGCAUAAUUUCAGGUUUUGCAUAUAUGUAUGCGUUUCAUCAUGCAUGAGUCUCGGAUUACUCGCAGGACUUUUCUCUGGGGAACUUGCCUGUAGUUUUAUCUUCAUUUUGACAGUUUAAUGUUUCACUUGUGGUAUCCUGUGAGAUGAGGCUGCUGAUACAUGAUCAACAGGUAGAUGGUUUAGCUGUGAGCAGGGAAUUAAUCUUAAAAGCUGGAUGAUGCUUCUAAUGUAGAAGGCCAUCGUAUCAAUUCUAACACUGGCUGGAUUGUUGACAAUCCCAGGAUGUCAUCUAAAUGUAUGUGUUUCUCUCCAAAGUGCCAAAUAUAAAGUAAUCUAUAUAUAAGUGCUGUCUAGUAAAACUAAAGCAAGAAAAGCGACACUUACACAGUUGUGCCCAAGCAUGUAGUAAAGCCUUCAUCUCCAAAGUCUUCCUCUUCUUUCAUUGCAAUCAUCAAUGACUCUGUCUGUUUUUAUACAUGCACAGUAGUUUGCUGAACCUGGAGAGAGAAGAUCCAAGAUGCCACGGUCAAAGUGUGAUAUCAUGUCCAAAGAGCCCAGCUCCAACUUGGAAAGCGCAAUGCAGAUGCUGAUCAAGACCUUUCAUAAGUAUUCUGGAAAGGAAGGAGACAAAUACACGCUGAGUCGGGGAGAACUAAGGGAACUGCUGACAGAGGAACUGGGAAAUUAUUUAGGGAACGCUCAAGAUAAAGACGCGGUGGAGCGAGUAAUGAAUGACCUGGAUGCCAAUAAUGAUGGCGAGGUGGACUUCACCGAAUUCAUCAUCCUCAUGGGCGCACUGACCGUGGCCUGCAACGACUUCUUCCUUGACAGCCCGGCGCCCAAAAAGCCAGAUAGCAAGAGCGACGGAGCUACAGAGGAAAAGAAAGAGUAAUGAGAGC